UCUAGAUAUUUUAUAGGUUACUCUUUAAUACAGCCCACCGCCUUAUCUAUAUAUUUUAUAGGUUACUCUAUGAUACAGCCCACUACCUUAUCUAGAUAUUUUAUAGGUUACUCUAUAAUACAGCAUACCGCCUUAUCUAUAUAUUUUAUAGGUUACUCUAUGAUACAGCACACUACCUUAUCUAUAUAUUUUAUAGGUUACUCUAUAAUACAGCCCACCGCCUAA